AUGGAGGAGGUUGAGCCACAAGAGGAGCAAGAGGAGGAGGAAGAACUCCCUAUAUGUGGAGCUAUUCUCAAGAACAUGCACUUGGCCAAGCUUUUCUCUUAUCACAUGGAAUCCUACAAGGAGCUCACUUGCGAGUUCUUAGCUUCAAUGAGGUACCACAUGUACGAUGAGGAAGAUAGAGCUGAUUUGGACCAAGGAUUGGGAUGGAUCACGUUCUUGGCUAAGGGAGAGAAGAGAAUGGUGACCUUUAGGCAGUUGGAGAUCUUGUUUGGGUUCAACUAUGGAGAAGGUACCAAGUGGAACUUCAAGGAAAAGGAACUCCAAAGGGUUUGGGCUACAAUCGCUGAUGGAGUGUACUCUUCCUCAAGGUCCAAGGCAGCUCAGAUCAGGAGCCCAGUCUUGAGGUAUGUGCACAAGGCACUUGCCAACACCUUCUUUGCAAGGAAGGCGACCGGGACAUAA